AUGGAGGUCAAGGAGGCUGAAGGCAGCCUUGGUCACUGGGGCCAUGAGACCUGCAUUGUGUACACAUUCCGUACUAGUUCUGGGGACUUUCGUAUCAAGGACCUUCAAAUUUUCCGAGUGCAGCCCACCUUCCACACUCCCCAGCGAGGGCAGGAUCGUUGUCGAGGUGGCCCAGAGGUUACACUGAAAGUCCACGUCAGUGAUGCCAGCACCCACCAGCCCGUCCCAGAUGCGCUUAUCGAGAUUUUCACCAACCAGGUCUCCAUUGCCUCUGGCACCUCGGGCACGGAUGGCGUCGCUUUCAUCAAGUUCCAGUAUAAGCUGGGCAGUCAGCUGAUCGUCACCGCCACGAAGCAUGCCUAUGUGCCAAACUCUGCCCCGUGGAAGCCAAUCCGAUUACCUGUAUUUUCUUCACUGAGCCUGGGCCUGCUUCCAGAACGAUCUGCGACUCUAAUGGUGUAUGAAGAUGUUGUCCAAAUAGUCUCAGGAUUCCAAGGUGCCCGGCCACAGCCUCGCGUUCACUUCCAGAGGAGAGCUCUGCGGUUGCCGGAGAACACCAGCUACAGUGACCUGACGGCUUUCCUCACUGCCGCCAGCUCCCCGUCCGAGGUGGACAGCUUUCCCUACUUGCGAGGACUAGACGGGAACGGAACAGGAAACGGCACCAGGUAUGACCUGACCCCAGUCACGGCCGUCAGUGUCCACUUGCUCAGCAGUGAUGGAACGCCAGUGCUGGUGGACGGCCCCAUUUAUGUCACCGUGCCCCUGGCCACCCAGAGCAGUCUGAGGCACAAUGCCUAUGUCGCGGCGUGGCGAUUUGACCAGAAGCUGGGAACGUGGCUGAAGAGUGGUCUGGGCCUCGUGCACCAGGAAGGUAGCCAGCGGACGUGGACGUACAUUGCCCCUCAGCUGGGGUACUGGGUGGCAGCCAUGUCUCCUCCCAACCCAGGUCCCGUUGCCACACAGGACAUUACCACGUAUCACACGGUGUUUCUUUUGGCCAUUUUAGGAGGGAUGGCUUUCAUACUUUUGGUUCUGCUGUGUCUCCUUUUAUAUUAUUGCAGGCGGAAAUGCUUGAAACCUCGUCAGCACCACAGAAAACUCCAACUUCCGACGGCCCUCGAGAGCUCCAAAAGAGAUCAGUCAACUUCCAUGUCUCACAUCAACUUGCUGUUUUCACGUCGGGAGUCAGAAUUCCCCGGCCCGCUCUCUGUCACCGGCCACGGCCGCCCAGACGCCCCUGGGCCGAAGGAGCUGAUGAGCGGGGUCCAUUUAGAAAUGAUGUCUUCCAACGGAGAAGCAGACAUGCACACCCCCAUGCUAAAGCUUUCCUACAGCACCUCGCAAGAGUUCAGCUCGCGGGAGGAACUUCUCUCCCACAAGGAAGAGGACAAAAGCCAAAUCUCCUUCGAUAACCUGACACCAAGUGGGACAUUGGGAAAAGAGUAUCGUAAGUCCGUGGAGAUUUUCCCCUUAAAGUCCAGGAAACCUGUGGAAAGAGAAGGCCGUGAGUCCCCUGGCAACAGCGAGUACAGGAGGAGCUACAAUGCCAUGCUCUCGCAGCCCCUGUUUGAAAAGCAAGACAGAGACAGCCAGGCCUCCGCUAACCAUAUUUCCACGGGAAGCAAACUCACCAUUCAGGAACACAUGUACCCCACGCCUUCAUCUCCCGAAAAGGAACAGCUGCUGGACCGCAGGCCUACUGAGUGUAUGAUGUCCCGGUCAGUGGACCACCUGGAGAGACCCACGUCCUUUCCGCGGCCCGGCCAGUUGAUCUGCUGUAGUUCCGUUGACCAGGUCAACGACAGCGUUUACAGAAAGGUAUUACCUGCCUUGGUCAUCCCCGCGCACUAUAUGAAACUCCCCGGGGACCACUCCUAUGUGGGCCAGCCCCUGGUCGUUCCAGCCGACCAGCAGCUGGAGAUCGAAAGACUGCAGGCUGAGCUCUCCAGCCCUCACGCGGGGAUCUUCCCGCACCCCUCCUCCCAGAUCCAAGCGCAGCCUCUGUCCUGCCAGGCCAUCUCCCAGCAGCACUUGCAGGAUGCAGGCGCCCGGGAGUGGACCCCGCAAGGCGCGUCCAUGUCAGAGUCCCUCUCCAUCCCGGCCUCCCUGAACGAUGCGGCCUUGGCUCAGAUGAACAGCGAGGUCCAGCUCCUGACUGAGAAGGCUCUGAUGGAACUUGGGGGUGGGAAGCCGCUCCCACACCCCCGGGCGUGGUUCGUCUCCCUGGACGGCAGGUCCAAUGCGCACGUUAGACAUUCCUACAUUGAUCUCCAAAGAGCCGGAAGGAACGGAAGCAAUGAUGCCAGUUUGGAUUCUGGCGUGGAUAUGAAUGAACCAAAAUCUGCCCGGAAGGGAAGAGGAGACCCCUUGUCCCUCGCACAGAACCACCCGGCCGUCCAGGAGCAUCCGCAGAAAGAGCCGCGGGCCGCGGACAGCACCUCCUACACGCAGCUCGUGUACCUGGACGACAUGGACCAAAGCGGCAGCGAGUGCGGCACCACCGUCUGUACCCCCGAGGACAGUGCCCUGCGCUGCUUGUUGGAUGGCUCCGGCCGGAGAAGCGGCGGCCAGCUGCCCAGCCUGCAGGAGGAGACGACAAAACGAACUUCGGACGUCCCCCCGGAGCCGCUAGCCAGCCCGGAGCAGAGGAGAUCGGCCCAGGAGGACGACGAAGAGGAAGACGAGGAGGACCAAGGAGAGGACAAGAAGAGCCCCUGGCAGAAGCGGGAAGAGAGACCCCUGAUGGCGUUUAACAUGAAGUGA